AUGAGCGUCCAAUUUGGAGGAUACACGGCUGUUUUUGCGGCGAUCCUCGCCUUCUCGUCACUCCCAGGAGCACAUGCGUACUGUUACUUCGAUCGAUUCGGAGUAGAGCAUUUCGUUGCCUUGGUUGUGUUUCUGAUCGCAUUCCGCCUCAUGCGAGCAAGGGCUUCGCGCCGCCGUAACCUCGCUUAUGUGAACACUUCGGCGGUGUCUGGCGCAGUGCCCCCAGCAGGCUACCCCACAGGCGCGCCAGGGUACUAUCCCUACCAAGGGGGACCCGCACCGAACGAUGGCUAUGCGCCGCAGUACCCCAUGCCCACUUACACCGUGUGUCCGAAAUCAUCGCAGUCGCCCCCGAGUUCCUACUAUGCGCAGUACAGCCCCCCAGUAGGCAUUGAAGGCGUACGAGGGGUCGCGUGCGGACGUGAGGAUGGCACGGAACUCGACGGGGCAAAGGUGGCCACUGUCUUUGUGCGGGAGCGGGACGGAGGACGGAAGGCGGGCGUUUGCGGCGUUGACGACGGGGCGAGGCCCAGAAUCCCCGCCGCCGCCAUCUUCUCGCGCGCGCGGACCACCUCGACCCCGAACAAGAAGACGGCCUUCGACCUCGGCGCGGGCGCGCACGACGAAUUCGGGCGCAUCCCCAGCCGCGGGUCCGGCCGCCCCGACCAGAGCCUCACCGCCAACCGCAAAGGCUCGAAAAAGGACGGCGGUGGCGGGCGGACCACGCCCCGCCCCGGCGUACGCCCGCCCGACGACGACCCGACGGUCGACUACGGCCCCCCGGACGGCAGCUUCCUCCCGCUCGUGCUCGAUCGGCCGCGCUACGAGACCGACGACGACUCCCCCUUCGCCGCCCCCACGCACGACUAUGGCUACCUCUCGUUCGAGCGGCACGUCGUGCUCGGGCUCGAGGAGAUCGCCCGGCUGGUCGACGUCGUCGGGGAGGAGCUGGGCACCCGCGGGCUCACCGUCCCCUUCAUCUUCUCGUCCCUCGCCCUCGACGUCUCCGCGACGUCCGUGAAGAGGCUGGUUCAAGUCUUCCUCAAGACGUGCAGCAAGCCGUCGGGAGAGGCGGAGAGGCAGUGGCGGGAGGAGGCGCGUUUGGCGGGCCCGCCCGAACUCGGAAUGACCCUCCGAUGGGGCCUAGCGCGAGUCGUGCGGUGGACGAACGGGCAGGAAGUGCGUGGGCUCGUCUCGUACGACAUGUAUCUCCAGUGGCGAGAUUCCGAAGCCGCCAUGAACUACCCUGGCAUGCACUUCUCAGCAUUCUUGGACCGUCUCGAGCCUCAACUGCAAUUUCUCUUGGUCGGCCUUUUUACACUGCUCAGCCGUUUCAUCGCCCACUCGGCGUCAUCGGGACACACCCCUCCGACCUUGUCUCCACUAUUUGGGCCAUUACUGUUCGGGCUGGGACCGUCUACGCUCAACUUCCACCAUGCAUAUCUUCACUAUCUCCGCGCCGCAAUAGCGACCGAACAUCUUAUCCUUGCAUUCAUUCGCUGGCAGGACGCCAAAGCCAGCUCGUCGAGUCCUGGGAGCGUACCCACUCGCCUCAAGGCCUGGAUCCAGGGCUAUCCUUCAAUGCUUCCCCUAAUCGGCAAGAACGAGCGUCCAGAACCACGGCGCGGCGCACGCACGGUCCGCGUCAUGAGCGUGCGUCGUAACGUGCGAAUGUAUUCCCCCGACCUCGUCAAGACCACCGCAUCAUGGGCGUACCGGCCGAAGAACGCGACUUCCAGUGCAGGCGAGAUGGCUUUCGCUGGCUCACGAGAGUGGGACCGCAUUUCUCCCCCGACCCUCAAGCUGCCCCCACGAUACUCGGACUCGUACAAGAAGCGCAUGGUUCUCGGGUCCAACUUCCAUCCAGACACCGGCGCAGCGGCCUCUUCUGGGUCAUUGCCCCCUUCCCUGUCGUCGUCAGUCUCAUCCGCUUCCUCCGUCACGUCGACACUGUUCGACGACAAAGAAGGCGAGGAGCGGUUCCGGAGUUUGACCGACCUAAAGUGGGGAGAGUUCGAGGCGAUGGGUUUCGGGACGCAGACGGACGAGAAGAAGCUGCAGUUUGAUCUCACCGAGGGUGCACGCGCGGCCCGAGCCGCGAAGCGUGCGACGCUCAACUGGCAGGACUUCUCGUCGGCGGGGUUUUCGCGCUCGGACGCCCACCUCAGCGCCACCCUUCAAUUCAGCGCCCCGGUCGCCAACACCAUACAAUCCUGGCCGGUUAACCAGGCGGAAAUGCACCGCAAGCUCAAGAAGACGCAGAAGGCGUUGCCUGCGUUCGGGUGGGAUACAGAGCCGGUCAUUGGGAGUGAAGAGGUCAUCGAGGAGGCGUUCGUGGACGUGUUCUGCGAUCUCAUCUAUGGAGGAGGGUGGAUGGACGACGAGCGGAGGGUGGAGACGGACAGAGAGUGCAAUUGGGCAUUGGUCGAGUUCAAGGCUCUUCCGGUACAACGAACAACUGUGUCAGGGACUGCGGAUCCGCGGACGGCCACCACACUCAUUCUCUUCGAGGAGUUUGUGCCCUUCGAAUACCGGCAACAACUCGUCGCCUCGGCCGGCGGCGCGCGUCGAAGACUACCCUCACUCUUUUCUUCCACCAACAAGUCCAAGCAAUGGAAGCCCGCCGCCACUCUCAACGGCCGUCCGUACGUUCUCGGCGCAGUCCCACAUACUCCCAGCUACCGCGAAGCUGAAUUCGAGGGCCUGUUGCGCUCUAACGGUAGUUCGACCAAGGUCAUCACCCUUAAGCGGGAGAAGCCAACGGGCGUCGCAGCCGUGACUCCUCCACUUCCUGUUAAGGAGGCUCAUACCGGACCUCCUCUCGUCAAGGUGACUAGCCCGUUGUCGAGGGCUAUGAAUACCCUCCGUAGCGACUCACCCGUCUCCCCCAAGGAUGAGAACGGCUCGCCGCAGCCCAAGAAAGGAUCUCGUCUCCGACUGCCGGGUCUCCCCUCCUCCCCCGCACCACCGAAACGCGCCGGUCUCACACCGACGGAAUACGAGCAGGUCGACUUCGAUACGCGCAUCGCGAGCUUCGAGGAAGAAGGUUCCAACAAGCGCAGUCGACGGCGAUCGAAGGACGACGCAUGGGUAGACAUCCUCGUCGCGACGAACAGCCGGCGUAUAGGAGGCCAGGAUGCGGAGAUGCGUCACGCGGCCCUCAAAGGCGGCCGGUCUGACCCUGAGCUCGCCAGCCAGGAGCUUUCCGAGGUCCUCGCAGGGGUUCGUGGACGACGCUUCUCGGACGACGAAGACGAGGGGAUGGAGCCCGUGGCAGACCCUCACGGGGACACGGACACGCUGCAAGACUCGAUGCUCGAGCGCGAAGACUCUGACUCAGUGCGGUACGGUCGCGCGGACGACGACGCGGAGGUCAAGCCCCGGAGGCGAGUUGGCUACUUCGACCUCCACCCAGAGCGUCGUCCGCCAACUCUCACCGACGACCCUCGCGAUCAAAUAUCAAGACCGUCGUACGAGAGCGACACCUCCACGGAGAAUCCGUACGCCGCAGGAACGGUGCAAACACGUGCCCACCUCAAUGUGGACGACUCCGAGUCGAGCUACCGCCAGUCGACGGCGUCUGAUUACGAGCCUGAACCCAAGGUCGUUCCUGAGCCGCCCAAGCCCGCUCCCAAAGAAGCCAAGCCCCUCCGCGCCCUCCCUGACCCCCAUGGUCAACCGGAGGCGCCUGAGCCUCCUACGAAGGGUUCGAGCAAGACCGCGACGCUCAUCGAGAUGUAUCGUGAGCGUGAGCGUCAGAACAGCAGCUCUCCGAUCCCCUCCUCGCGCCUCCCAGUCCGGCAGGCGUCGCUGACGGCGUCAAACGGCAAGACCUCCCCCCAUCCCUCCCCCACCCCUGCCGUGGUAGACAUCCCGGAGAUCGAGUCGACGGACGACAAGGUGAGCGUCGAAGAUAUUGAGAUCGAUCUUCCCACCCGCUACGUUCAUGGCGCUCCCCUUCACAACGUCCUGGAGGAGGAGGAGGAAGAGUAG